UCGAGCAUCCUUCCUCUCGAUACGCGAGCUCAAUUCAUCGGGCAACGGCCAACACGACGCUUUUUGGAACGCUUUACUUUGUGUAGCGCAGAAUUUAAAGCAGCGAUGUCGGCCCCUGCAGUCUCUCUGUAUCUUGACCCACAAAUCCGGGAUUGGGUUCUCUUUCCCAUUACCCUUGUCAUGAUAUUAGUGGGCAUACUUCGACACUACGUGGUUCUUUUACUGCAGUCUGCCCCCAAAAAACUGUCGCGAGUGGCUAUUCGCGAACAUCGCGCCCUCACUCGUUCUCAGAUUUUGCGUGCAACAGCCGCCAGUUCUCCCGUCCCUCCACCUUUAUACAAAUCUAUAUCUGGCUAUCUAAUGGAAGCAUUUGAUUCUGGCGCUUACCUCAAGGACGGUCCACCCAAGGAUGACACCCCGCAAGCACCUCCAAAUCCAAUGUCCGACCCUGCUGCAAUGGAUGGUAUGAUGGCUGGAAUGAAGACCCAGAUGGUGAUGAUGGUUCCCCAGAUGCUUAUCAUGGGCUGGAUCAAUUUCUUCUUCCAAGGCUUUGUUUUGAUCAAGCUUCCCUUUCCGCUUACGCUCGGCUUCAAGUCUAUGCUACAACGGGGUAUUGAGACGCCGGACAUGGAUGUGAGAUGGGUGUCUUCACUGUCUUGGUAUUUCCUCAACUUCUUUGGGUUGAAUGGAUUAUAUCGCCUCAUUCUCGGGAAUGAUAAUGCCGCCGACUCUUCGCAAGCUAUGAUGGCUUCUCCUUUUGCGGGGGCGGGAGUCACACCUGGACAACCACAGGACUUCAAUAAACUCUUCAAGGCUGAGAAGGAUAAUCUUGCGUUUGCCGAGGGCCUUUAUACAUGGGUUGGAGAUGAUGUGGAGGAACGUUUACUUCGAAAAUAUGGCAAGUUGCCCAAAAUAUAG